AUGAAAUCAAACUUAGAAAAAUACGUUAAUUAUAGAGUGAAAGCCAGGAUGAGGGAUGGAAGAUGGAUGGAAGGAACAAUGUUGGCUGUGGAUGGAGAUACGAAUGCAGUUCUUGAUGACACAGAAGAAUUUAGAAAGAUAAAAGGAAGUAAAGAAGCAAGGCGCAGGAUCCUGGGGUUGGUGGUAAUUAGGGGGGACUUCAUAAUGGAUAUAGAAAUCAUCAGUAAACCAUAUUCAUAA